GAGAAAAAAAAAAACAUAACACACAUAACUUUCCCUUUCCAUUCUCCUCUCACUCCCGUUAGCUCUCUGUCCCUCAUUCCUCUUCUUCCAUUUCUUUUUCCUUCCUUUCCCAAAUCAAUCAUCCUUAAGAAUAAUUGAUCAUCUAAGUAAAGCAACUUCAUAUUCAAGCUCUAUUGGUAGAAUUUUGGGGGUUAGGGUUUGUGCUUUGAAGUAGAAGGAGAAUACCCAUAUUGUGAGAGUUGCUCAUUGAGACUCUUUGAGGUUAGAAUGGAUAAUAUAGGGAUUUCAUGGUUAACUCUAGUUAGAGAAGUGGUAGAAUGAGUUUCUAAUUCAUGAGAAAAUAUUAUUGAUGUUCAAAUUCGGUGGAAAUUGCUCCGGUGGUCAUUCAGAAAGGCAUCACUAGGAAUUGAGUUCUUUCGUCAUAUCUAUUUUCAAGCAGCUAAGUAGGAAGCUGCUAGUAGACUCAAAGUUCAGCCGUGUCACUCUUUUUGUGCAAAUGGAACUUUCCUGUCAUUGAAGAGAGUUAGACAGGAUAAACUUUAUCGUUCAAAUCCUCAAAGAUAAAACUAAUGUCAGGUUCAAGGUUUCUCUUCAGUAAUGGCAUCCUUUCACAAACCUUAGAUGUUCCUCCCGUCAAAUUCUUUCUUGAAGCUAAUCCAGGUGCUUACACGACAUCACGUACUCACAAUAAUGCUUCAUGCUUGUUAUUUUGGGAAAGACACAUGAAAAGACUUUCAGAAUCUAUACAAAUUCUGUCAAAUUUGGCGCCACAACUUUUGUUUAAAUCUAACAAUGCGGCAAGUUUGCUGCCACUGGCACCAAAUUUUCAAGUUUCACAGCCUGCAUUGCAGAUGCUUGUUAAUGAUUCAGUGGGGAAGGUCUUACCCAUUGCAUUGAAAGAGAGGGUCAAUUCCAAGGAGCUGGCCAUUACAACCCUUGUUGGUGGUAAUCUGGAGGAAUUGAAUAUAUAUGAUGAGACUAUGAGUGAGGAAAAUAUGAGCAAAUCUUUUGAUGUGCAUGUGCAUAUUGAGACUUAUGUUCCUCCUCAGUUUGGUAUUCGAGGAAAUGGUGCACAUUUGGCUGUUGCGGGCUAUGGAAGGAACGUUGCAGCUGCAAAAUAUUCAGAUUGGGUAAGAAUUAGGAAGAGUCUGGAAAAGCUUAGACCUCCAUCAGUGACAGAACUGUUGCUGUCUUAUAAUGGUGAUCAAAUACUUGAAGGUUGUGUGACAAACUUUUUCGUUGUUUGCCGCAAGGAUCGGGGUUCAGAUGAUGAGAAGGCUCCAUAUGAUCAUGGAAAUAAAAACUCUUUUGAAGUGCAGACAGCUCCUAUCAAUGAUGGUGUUCUUCCAGGGAUAAUACGUCAACUAGUGCUUGAGGUAUGCAGGAAUGAAGGAAUCCCAUUUCGAGAAGUUUCUCCAUCAUGGUCGGAACAUGAAACUUGGGAGGAAGCGUUCAUCACAAGUAGCUUGAGGCUUUUGCAACAUGUUGAUAGUAUUCAGGUUCCAACAGAAUGGCAAUCAGCCCAUUCUAAAACGUGGAAGGAUAUAUCAUGGACAAAAAAACAAUUUCAGGGUGGACCUGGGAUUAUCACAACAUUAAUCCAGGAAAAGGUUAUGGAGAAAGCGAUUUUGGAAGGGUGCCCAAUAAAUAACAUAUGUGCAAGAUGAAGAUCCAACUUCUUUGCUGGGAUUUAGUUGAGCUUAUUUCCUCCCCUCGUAUGUUGGUUAUACUGAUUACCGACAACGACAUAGUUUCUCGAUGAGUAAAUGAUGAAAAUGUAAUGAUUGUAAACUCUAGGAAGAUGUCCACUUUACUGAUAUGAAAUCUGAACAACUUUAUGAACAAGUCUGUUGUUUAAUGAGCAUUAUUGUAUAUUAAUAUUCGCAUAUACCAGGCACCCGGUCCUUUGUCUCAAAAUUGUGAGCCGGGUUUUUUAUAUU